AUUGCUAUAGAAAUAAUUUGUUUAAUAUUAGGUGAUUCAUACGGUGACCAAACCAACACAAUAUAUAAAUAAAUAAGCUACAAGUGAGGGUAAUUCACGUCAGCGGAAGUCUGCUCGUAAUACCACAAUUGCAGAUAAAAAUGGUGUCUGUCAGCUUCAGUCGAGCUUGGCGUGGUGCAUAGCUCUAACCCAACCUUCGGUGGCAGCAUCUAGAGCGAGCGAGACAACAGCUACCAUGGACUUGAAACGAGUAGAUCGUGUGGCCAGAGGAACUUCAGAAUCACCUCCUACACCACCCUCACCUCCCCCAUAUAGUUCAAGUUUUGGUUCGCACGAGAUCCAGAGAAACAGAAGUUUGAGAAGAUAUCCAUCUCCUCCAUCUCCAUCUGUUGAUUUACGGAACACCAGAUCACCUCCUCCGGAAAAACGUAGAAGGCGAAGAAGUGGGUCACGAUCCUCCUCAACGAGGUCUCAUAAGCGUUCUCGAUCAAGAGACAGAGAUAAGGAAAGAGAACGUGGCAGAGAAAGAUCUCGUAAGCACUCAGGAAGGGAUAGAUCAAGGUCGAGAUCACAAGGAAGGUCUCGAUCCAAGGAACGAAGACGUAGCAAAAGCCGAAACAAAAGUAGAGAUCGGUAUAGAUACAGAGAGAGCAGAAGGCACCAUAGACAGGCAUCGUACGAGUCAGAUGCACACGACGAUGGUGCUGAUACAAAUGCAGCUGUGCAACCCAUAAUUUCUGCUCAGCCAAACGCAUUCAAAAAUGAUGGUAGCUUUAUGGAGAUGUUUAAAAAAAUGCAGGAGCAGUCGACAACUACUCAGCAACCAACUACCUCUGUUCUUCAAGAAAAAGCUGCUCCGCCACCUCCGUUAAUGGUCGGCAAAAGACGUGGAGGCAGAAUAUUGAAAACCGGAAUGGUUGCAAAGCCUAAGAAUGAGCCAACUGCUUCUGAGCAACCAAAAGAUGCUUGGUCGCUUUACAUGGCAGAAGUAAAAAAGUAUCGGGAAGUUUGCUGCCAGGAGGAAGACAACACAAGACCUCUGGUCAAGUAAAAUCGGGAUUCAGCUUUAUUUUUACUGUUUUUAUUUUUAUUAACGAACCAUAAUGGAAUGAUGAAAGAUGAGUUGUUCAAUGAAAAGAAAAUCGAGCUCUGGCAUGGACCGUUCCGUAUUAAUACUUUGUCACAGUUCGAUAGUAAGAAAAGAAAAAGAUAUAGAUAUAUAUCCUAUGUGUAUAUUAUGUGUGUUAGUGAAGUAAGAUAACAAGAGAGACUUUAUGAGUGAUGAGAACUGAAGAGCGAGAGACUAGUUUUGAGACUUAAAUUUAAAGAAAGAAUUGCGAGCAACUUCCAAGGCGGCGAACUACUAUUAUUACUACUACUAUUGAUUCAUUCUAUCUACAUUUGCAUAGAAUACUCAAAAUUAUUCUUAAGGUUUAUAAAAAUACACGCUAAUCGUCACGAUUAUUCAGCAAAAAACCUACAAUGCCUGAAGCUAUCAAGUCUGUCAACGACCU